CCUAUAUCUCAGAAUUUGUGGAUCAAUUGAUUGGGUCCAUGGUAAAUGUACAAAAAUUGGAGACAAUAAUCAUGUUUGUGGUACAAAUGGUGAGAGUAAUAUGUGUGAGAAAGGAAGUCCUACGCCACAAACUUUUUUUUUCAAUAGCGGACUUGCAACUCCUUCCUCCAUAUACUUGUUUUUUUAUUUUUUCUCUAAUUUAUACCUGGAUGCAGGAAAACAUUUUCCUGGAGGAUUUGGUCCUGCAAUAAAAGAACAAACACAACAUGUUAGUGAAAAAUCGUACGAACGUAAACCUUCCGUUCAUAGUUUUAAUAGAAAUUUUUUCAUGGAAUUGACUAACGGGUUCAUGUACGCGUUUUGUUUUUUCGGAGUUUUUGCUUUAUAUGCAUAUUAUGAAAAUAUUCAUUUUUAUAUCACGAGCAAUUUCCGUUUCUUGGAUAGAUAUUAUAGUGUAUUCAAUAAAUAUUUGAUAAAUUUUGUACGAACAAAACUUAAAGAAUAUACAAGUGAUAUUUUAAUAAAAUACGAACGUGAAGCAUAUUUAAGUAUGAAAAAGUAUGGGUAUCUAGGUGAAGUUAUUGCUUCAAGACUUUCUUCUAAAGAUAAAAUCAUGAAUUAUUUACAUGAAACUAACGAGGAAACCAUGAGUAAUUUAAGAAGAUAUGAUAUGGAACAUGCGUUCAAGAACAAAAUGGUUACUUAUGUAGAUGAUUUUGCUUUUUUUGACGAUUGUGGAAAAAACGAACAAUUUUUGAACGAGAGAUGUGAUUACUGUCCUGUCGUUGAAGAAGUGGAAGAAACACAAUUAUUUACUGCCGCUGAUGAUACAACCACUCAUGAGACCACGAUGGUGUCCAAACCAACUAGUACGUACAUUGAUGUUGAAAAAAUAAAUGAAUCGGAAUCGGCAGAUAGUGACUAUGAUGAUGAAAAAGAAUUUGACGAACCCGACGACGAAUUAAUGAUCGCGCGAUUUCACUAA